ACUGCGCUAGACUACGGAGAGGAAGAUAGGAGAGUCCGGCUGGAAUUAGUCCCCCGUCCAACCGUCGAGGGCAAAGCUACCAUGAGCCCCUGGAGCCGCGGGCGGCCCCGGCAGCGCGUCGGGGAUCGGGGCCUCCUGAAGCCACCCUCACUCUCCAAGGGCCGCCUGCUGCCGCGAGUGCAACUCCUGCCCCUGCUGCUGCUGGCUGUGGCCCUGGGUUUGGCUUUCUACAUCAUCUGGAAUGGCUGGCACCCUGAGGUUGAGGAGCUGUCACGGAGCCGGGAUCUGCGGGUCCCGCUGCUGGGAAGCCUUCCGGAGGCCAAGCUGCGGCGGGUGGUGGGGCAGCUGGAUCCGCAGCGUCUCUGGGGAACUUUCCUGCGUCCCCUGCUGAUUGUGCGACCCCCGGGUAGUCCUGGCAAUCUCCAAGUGAGAAAGUUCCUGGAGGCCACGUUGCGGUCACUAUCAGCAGGCUGGCAUGUGGAACUGGACCCAUUCACAGCCUCAACUCCCUUGGGGUCACUGGACUUCGGGAACGUGGUGGCCACACUUGACCCAGGAGCUGCUCGUCACCUCACCCUCGCCUGCCAUUAUGACUCUAAGUUCUUCCCUCCUGGGUCACCCCCCUUUGUGGGGGCCACAGAUUCAGCUGUGCCCUGCGCCCUGCUUUUGGAGCUGGCCCAGGCCCUUGAUGGGAUGCUGAGCAGAGUCAAGCAGCAGGCAGCACCUGUGACCCUGCAGCUGCUCUUCUUGGAUGGGGAGGAGGCGCUGAAGGAGUGGGGACCAAGGGACUCCCUGUAUGGCUCCCGGCACCUAGCUCAGAUCAUGGAGUCUAUACCACACAGCCCUGGCCCCACCAGGAUCCAGGCUAUUGAGCUCUUCGUCCUGCUUGACCUUCUGGGAGCACCCAGCCCAAUCUUCUUCAGUCACUUCCCCCGCACAGCCCGCUGGUUCCAACGACUGAGGAGCAUCGAGAAGCGCCUUCACCGUCUGAACCUACUGCAGUCUCACCCCCAGGAAGUGAUGUACUUCCAGCCAGGGGAACCGCUGGGCCCUGUGGAAGAUGACCACAUCCCCUUCCUCCGAAGAGGUGUCCCGGUGCUCCACCUCAUCGCCACACCCUUCCCUGCUGUGUGGCACACGCCUGCUGACACUGAGAACAACCUCCACCCACCCACUGUGCACAACCUGAGCCGUAUCCUCGCUGUGUUCCUGGCCGAGUACCUGGGACUCUAGCCGGCAGACUGGUAUCUUGAAGGGAUCUUCCAGCCAGCUAGGGACUCGACUGGACCACCUUGAGCUGGCGCAGGGUAGCCAGGCUUGCCUCAGGUGUUUGCUUCAACUGUCUCAAGCCACCCUGUUUCAAGGAUAUUCAAGGAACACUGAGGGCAUGAGAAAGCCAAAGGAGUCAUUUGGUCUCCGCCCUGAAGUAAAUGAGUAGUCUGGACUAUUCCAGGGACCAAAUGAUGUGUCACGGGCUGGCGCCUGGACCAGCACCACCAACCAAAUGAAUCAUCUGUAGCUAA